AUUCAUCUAACAUAACCUAAAUUUUAACGUCAAAAAAUAACCAAAAAUGAACCACAAAAAUGUAUAGCCACUUACACAAAUACAACCACAUACUGCGUACAAUAUCUAGGUCCCCAUUCAUACGAAACCCACCACCUAACUACUUAAACACAAACCAAAAUGUCAUCACCCCGACAAAGAGGUUAUCCACAAACGUCUCCUUUAUAACCCCCCUAGUACGUACCGGCAAACCCCAUUUAAUAUUUAUUCCACCACGAAAAUUUCAGGUACUUCGAAAAAUUGACAAAGAAUACGCCGCAGUAUGCUCCCUAAUACAACGAUCCGGUUUACAAAACAUCAACGAUUUGCCGUUUUACUUAAACAGGAGGGAUCUCCACUCGUCGCAACCUCACCAACAGACUCCCGGUCCUGGAAAACCAGGCGAUGACAAAAACAAACCCAACAAAGACGACGACGACGACAAAGACAAAAUUUCGUCAUUGUUGGCGAAGGCAUUUUUGUGGAUGCUCACAGCGUAUAUGGUUAUAGCGAUAAUAUCGUUGAUGUUUCCGAGUAGCAACCAGCCGGAAAUUGUAAGAUAUGUUGCCUGGAACGAGUUCCUUUACCAAAUGCUCUCGAAAGGAGAGGUUGAAGAGAUCAUUAUCCGCCCCGAUAUUGAAAUCGUCACCAUCAUCCUCUACGAAGGCGCUAUCAUUAAAGGAAAAAAAGUGGACAACAGGACUUACCACAUGAACGUAGUGGAUAUAAAUAAAUUCGAGGAUAAACUAAGAGAAGCUGAACGUCGUUUGGGGAUUCAGGAUGGGGUCCCCAUCACGUUCGAACGAGGAACUGACACGGCUGGAAAACUCCUAGUUUCGUUGUUAAUAGUAGCCAUAUUAAUCUCCCUCCUAGCGAGAAGCAAAAGUAUUAGGCCCCCAAUCAAUAUGGACACUUUUACUCAACUGGGGCGCGCCAAAUUCACCCUAGUCGACCCGCUAACCGGUCCUGGAAAAGGUGUCCAUUUUUCGGAUGUGGCGGGGCUCAGGGAGGCCAAACUCGAGGUGAUGGAGUUUGUGGAUUACUUGAAACGGCCCGAGCAUUAUAAGAGUUUGGGGGCGAAAGUGCCCAAAGGGGCGCUGCUUUUGGGGCCGCCUGGGUGUGGGAAGACGUUGUUGGCCAAAGCGGUGGCGACUGAGGCUAAUGUUCCGUUUUUGUCGAUGAAUGGGUCGGAGUUUAUUGAGAUGAUUGGUGGAUUGGGAGCGGCACGAGUGAGAGACCUCUUCAAGGAAGCCCGCAAACGCGCCCCCUGCAUCAUCUACAUCGACGAGAUCGACGCCGUGGGCCGCAAACGCAGCGCCCACCUCUCCCAGACCGGCACCAGCGGCGAGAGCGAACAAACCCUCAACCAGCUCCUGGUGGAGAUGGACGGAAUGGCCAGCAAAGAGAGCGUCAUCAUGCUGGCGUCCACCAACCGCGCCGACAUCCUCGACAAGGCGCUCCUGCGCCCGGGCCGCUUCGACCGCCACAUCCUCAUCGACCUGCCCGACCUGGUGGAGCGCAAGCAGAUCUUCGAGCAGCACCUGCGCGGCAUCUGCCUGAACUGCCCCCCGGAGACCAUCUCCAUGCGAAUGGCGCACCUCACCCCCGGCUUCAGCGGCGCCGACAUCGCCAACGUGUGCAACGAGGCGGCGCUGCACGCGGCCAGGUCCAAGCAGAAGAACGUGACCAAGGAGAACCUGGAGUACGCAGUAGAGAGGCUGGUGGGCGGCACGGAGAAGCGCAACCACGCGAUGUCGCCGCAGGAGAAGCGCGUGGUGGCCUAUCACGAGUCGGGGCAUGCUUUGGUGGGGUGGAUGCUGGAGCACACGGAUGCUUUACUAAAAGUGACGAUAGUCCCCAGAACGAAUCUAGCCCUAGGUUUCGCCCAGUACAUCCCCCGCGACCAAAAACUCUACACGAAAGAAGAACUCUUCGAACGGAUGUGCAUGACCCUCGGGGGCAGAGUAGCGGAGUCCCUAAUUUUCAACAGGAUCACCACGGGGGCCCAGAACGACCUAGAAAAAGUAACCAAAAUGGCGUACGCUCAAGUCCGGGAGUUCGGGAUGAGUGACAACGUGGGGCUGGUGUGUUUCCCGGAGCAGGAGGUCCAGGAAAGAGGAAGGAGACCCUACAGCAAAAAGUUGGCGAAUUUGAUUGACAUGGAGGCGCGAACUUUGGUGACUAGAGCGUAUAAGAAAACUGAGGAGGUGUUGAUGCAGAAUAAAGACAAGUUGGAGUUGCUUGCAGAGACUCUUUUAAAGAAGGAAACUUUGAAUUAUGAUGACGUUGAGGGUCUUCUGGGGCCUCCUCCUUUCGGUGCCAAGCACUUGAUCGAGCCUGCGGAGUUCGAGGAGUCGGUGAGGAAGGACGCCGGUGAUACGAAGCCUGCGGACUCGAAGUCUCAAGCUAAUACGUCUGCGCCGAAGGUGUGAGAUAGUGUUCAUAUUGUAGAUAGUCUUAUUGAUGAACAAAUUAUAUUUAUGUUUAUUGAA